AUGCGUGUUGCAUACCUUUCUCUACUGCAUACCCAGACGGGACACUUCAAAUCUCGUCCAGAUCCGCACGGAGACGGGCGGGCAAGAUCGACAAGCACACCCGCGACCUUUAUGAACCUGCUCAAGUCCUUUGUUGGUUCGGGCAUCCUUGGUCUGCCCUCGGCCUUUAAAGAAGGUGGUUUCCUGACUACACUGCUUCUGCUUCUGAUGGUAGGGGCGAUUGCCAGCACGUGCAAUCUGAUGCUGGUCAAGACCAAGCAACACCUGGCCAGCCGAGGCGUUGUUUCCUUCUCGGAUAUAGGAAUCCAUCUAUUCGGCAAUUGGUUUGGAAGACUGAUUGACUUUCUGCUGAUCUUCACUCAGUUUGGCUUCUGCUGUGUCUACCUGAUCUUUGUGUCGGAGAACUUGACUGAGUUCAUACCGUGGGAGCGGCAGACCAUUCUGCUGGUCAUUGCCCCGCUGUUCAUCCUGACCUCCUUCAUCCGAACUAUGUCGAUCAUAGCGCCCUUCUCCAUGGCCGCGAAUGUAUCUCUAUUGACGGGCCUGUUCAUCAUUGUGGUCUGCGCCUUCUCUCAGAUGUCCACCCGAGCACUGCCGCAUCAAACGUACGACAUCGAAGAGUUUGUCAUCUGGAAGAAUGUCGCCGUCACCUUCGGGAUUGCAGUUUACGCCUUCGAAGGCAUCGGAGUGAUUCUCCCGUGUGAAACGUCUAUGAAGGAGCCGUCGAAGUUUCCGACACUUGUACUAUGGGU